UUUAACCUGUUUAUGAUUGAUAUAUUUACCGCUGAUAUUAUUAAAAUUUACUAGUAAUAUAUUGAUAUAUCAAGCAUAAGUGUACAGUGAAGUGUAAAAAUUUAGCUACUAGCAUUGUGUUAAGUAGUUUUUUUUGAUUAUUGUGCAAGUGCGUUAAAAUGUUUAAUCAACUUGGCGGCGGCGCUAACAACCCCAACAAGGAUCUGGAGGUGACUUCCCCGCCUGAUGAUACCGUGUCUUCGCUGGAAUUCUCACCACCAUCUGUACAACAAACAUUUCUCGUCGCGGGUAGCUGGGAUUGCCGAGUACGAUGCUGGGAAGUAGAAAUUUCUGGCAAAACUGUGCCAAAGGCUGCACAAUCUAUGGAUGGGCCCAUUUUAGAUGUGGCAUGGCAUGAUGACGGAAGCAAGGUGUUCAUGGCCUCCACAGACAAAAGUGUGAAGUGCUGGGACCUAGCGGCCAAUCAAUGUGUACAGGUAGCAGCGCAUGAUGCUCCUGUGAAGACCUGCCAUUGGAUCAAAGCUCCCAACUACAACUGCCUGAUGACCACAUCCUGGGACAAGACCAUCAAAUUCUGGGACACACGCAGUGCAGUGCCCAUCAUGACAAUGAAUCUCUCGGAACGCUGCUACUGCGCUGAUGUGGAGUACCCAAUGGCGGUGGUGGGCACGGCCGACCGCGGCAUCUGCUUGUACACGCUGGAGGGCAAGCCGGCCGAGUACAAGCGAGUCGAGUCGCCGCUCAAGUACCAACACCGCUGCAUCGCCGUCUUCCGUGACAAGAAGACCAAGCAGCCGACAGGCUUUGCGCUGGGCAGCGUAGAAGGCCGCGUCGCCAUCCAGUAUGUGAACCCAGUCAAUCCAAAAGACAACUUCACCUUCAAAUGCCACCGCGCCGGCGGGGGUACCAGCGGCAGCUUCCAGGAUAUCUAUGCGGUGAACGACAUCGCAUUCCACCCGGUGCACGGUACACUGGCCACUGUGGGCUCGGACGGGUCCUAUUCCUUCUGGGACAAGGAUGCACGCACCAAGCUCAAGUCUUCGGAGACCCUCGACCAGCCGCUCACCAAGUGCGCCUUCAACCACAGCGGCCAGGUGUUCGCCUACGCCGUCGGCUACGACUGGUCCAAGGGGCACGAGCACUACAAUCCUGCCAAAAAGAACUUCAUCUUCCUGCGGCCGUGUUUCGACGACCUCAAGCCGCGGACCACGUGAACGCUACGCCAUGCACCGCACCACAACUUGUUUGCUAAGAAAACUCAACUAUUCCUGUUGUUAUUUCAACUGAAUACUCUCCUGAACUGUAUAAACUCCUAUCAAUAUUACCUGAGUCAAGAUAAUUUACAGACAUACUUUUUUCUUAAA